CCCGCCGGGGGCCGGGGCGGCCGCGGAGCCCGAGCCGCGGCGCCGCCUGGAGAUCGUCUUCGUGUCCUCGGACCAGGACCAGCGGCAGUGGCAGGACUUCGUGCGGGACAUGCCGUGGCUGGCGCUGCCCUACAAGGAGAAGCACAGGAAGCUUAAACUUUGGAACAAAUAUCGCAUUUCCAACAUUCCAUCACUAAUAUUCCUAGACGCCACCACCGGGAAGGUUGUGUGCAGGAAUGGGCUGCUGGUGAUCCGAGAUGACCCAGAAGGUUUGGAAUUCCCUUGGGGACCUAAACCCUUCAGGGAAGUCAUUGCAGGGCCCUUGCUUAGAAAUAACGGACAGUCCCUGGAGAGCAGCAGCCUGGAGGGGUCUCACGUGGGAGUCUAUUUCUCCGCACACUGGUGCCCACCCUGCCGAAGCCUCACCCGGGUGCUGGUGGAAUCCUACCGGAAGAUCAAGGAGGCAGGCCAGAAAUUUGAGAUCAUCUUUGUUAGUGCGGACAGGUCCGAGGACUCAUUCAAACAGUACUUCAGUGAGAUGCCCUGGCUUGCAGUCCCCUAUACCGACGAGGCCCGGCGGUCACGCCUCAACCGGCUGUACGGAAUCCAAGGCAUCCCCACCCUCAUAGUGCUGGACCCCCAGGGGGAGGUGAUCACGCGGCAGGGGCGUGUGGAGGUGCUGAACGACGAGGACUGCAGGGAGUUCCCGUGGCACCCCAAGCCCGUGCUGGAGCUCUCCGACUCCAAUGCUGUGCAGCUCAACGAGGGCCCCUGUCUCGUCCUGUUCGUAGAUUCUGAGGAUGAUGGGGAAUCUGAGGCAGCCAAGCAGCUGAUCCAGCCAAUAGCCGAGAAGAUCAUUGCCAAGUACAAAGCCAAAGAGGAGGAGGCGCCACUUCUGUUCUUUGUGGCGGGGGAGGACGACAUGACUGACUCCCUGCGUGAUUACACCAACCUGCCCGAGGCUGCCCCUUUGCUCACCAUUCUGGACAUGUCGGCCCGGGCCAAGUAUGUGAUGGACGUGGAAGAGAUCACCCCUGCCAUUGUGGAGGCCUUUGUGAAUGACUUCCUAGCAGAAAAGCUCAAACCAGAGCCCAUCUAGGGGGGCUCCAGCCUCAGGAGACGUUAUUUAAAACUCGGUCUUCUCCUCUUCCUCCUCCCCUUCCUUCCCUCUUCCCUUGGACUUUUCCAGUGUGUCCCAAAUCACACAGCCCAAGUGUCCAACCUCUCUGUGGUGCCUUGUUUUCUGCAUUAAGUCCUCAGCUAGCACCCUAAGGUGCACAUCCUGUCCGCAGCAGAAGAACCCACCGUGUCUGGAGACUCUGCUUGGGAUCCACGGGGCCGGCAGACCCCGGCCAGAACCAGAACUGCGGCCCACUCCCAGUCACUAGCUCUCGGGGAAGUAUUUGCCAGGUGGUCUUGUGCCGAGCGAGCAUGAAGGGACAGCGCACUGGUGCUCUGGCCCCGCCCCUGGUGUCCACCCGCUGGCGCAGGGCCCAGGACAGCUCAGUGACACACGGACGUAUGUGCAGGUGGAGCAGGGAAAGGGCCUCAGCUCGGAGCUGCUGACGAGAACACCAUCCUCUCUCUUAAGUGACUUCGUCUAUCUUGGUGUGAGGGAAAAACACCAGCUUGGCAGUCAGUUCUUGGGCAGGGGAUCUCAAGAUCUCAAAGGAAGCUUGUGUUCUUUCUUGGUGAGAGAAAGGGAAGCUCUGGUAAUGAUUCAUGCACCAAUUGCUUACUCUGAGCUCCUACCACGUGAUACGAAAGAGCUUCACGGUUUUUUCCUUACAUCUUUCUUCCUUGAUCUUACCUUCUCCAAGUUUCUGCCUUCUCAUAUGAACAGCCUCUACCGUCUUGGAAUUUUGUUAAUAAAUUCUUCCCCCUUGGACAGCUUCGCGAGAGGCACCCAGCCCUGUGUUUUUAGAGGAGCCCCGCGUCACCAGUGCAGACCUCUGACUCGGCCCAGCUCUGGGCCCGGGGCCACUGCAGCUCUGCCGAGGUGCCUGUGUCCGCCUUUGGUUACCUGUCAUCCCUCUUCUCUUUUCAAAGCAGAACUUAAAAAGAAACAAGAAAUUACCAGAAGCGUAGCUUUUUCCUAAGAACCUGCACAAAGAGCUGUGUCCUAGGGUGGCUGUGGGAGCAGAGGACGGGUCAGCUCAAAGUAGGCCUUGGAUCCCCUCGGCUAGGCUCAGGUACUUGGCUCCCACAGAAGGAAAACAACAACAGCUGUGUCCUUGGCACGUGGGGUAGAGGGCUUUGCCUAGGGGGUCACAGGGUUUGGGCCUCUCUCGACCAGGCAUUAAGGGUCUUUCAUACCCUUGUCUGCCUGUCAGCCGAAAGCACUGAUUUGGAAAACCUGGCCCCCCACCCGCUGUUGGCACCACUGCUCCUUCCCGAAUUGGAUUGCUGACCCGUAGUUCGGAGGUACAGGUAGUUGGUAAUAGACAGUUACUUGAUGUCGCGAGCCUGAAAAGCAACCACCUAGUGAGAAAUAAAGCAGGCAUCUCGGGACAUUCUCAACGACUUGGCCUUUCCUGUGCUUCAUAACAAAAGUCUUUUUGCUUAUGGCGCUGGGCCCUGGGGAGGGGGUGGGCGGCACGUACAAGAUCCUCGUGACUUCUCUGGAUACCUUAGUAGCAGAAUUGUUUCAGAAUAGUUUCAGAAUUGUCCAGAACUGGCCCUCUGUCGAAUCCUUCCGAAGCUGAGGAGCUCCUCUGGCCUAGAGCACCCGAGGCCGGUCCCUGCCGGAGCCCCAGCUGCCAUCUCUCCUGGUUCCACUUGUGCUGGCGGAGGGUGGAUUCUCCGAUCACAGGCCUCCCUGUGGACACUGGUGCUCAGUCCCUCCCCACAGGGGAGCAAGGGCUCCGAAGCCUGAGGAGGCCAGUUGCAGAAACAAGGAAUCUCACGCAGGUCUCCCUGUGAAGAAUGGGCAAUAGCCGGAGACCCUCGACCCUGGCUGUAGGCUGGGCUAGGGGCUUCCGUGGGAACCCUGCCAGUGUCUCUGGGAGUGUGGUGGAUGCGGGGACAAGGUGAGCGCCACACACUUGGAAGAUGGAGUUCUGCCUACGUCCCGAAUCAUGAUAGCCUUGGAGGAAAAGUGGUCUCUCUCCGCAGCUACUUCUCUUCUGGUGCAGAAGGAACAGAGUCCAGUGAGGGGUCCCUGUAGGUCCCUGUAUGUCCCUGCAGCAGAAAAAAUUAGGUCAUCGUGAUUCUUCUAAGGCCUUACAGGGAUGACUGAACUACUUGCCCCCGAGGGCGACUGGAUCCUUGGCACCGGAUGCCCCUCUUGGACUGGGUGUGUAGGUUAAGGGCAGUGGGAAGGUUGACCACACGAAAGCUUUAGGUUUGUCGAGUGGCCGCGUUGAGGGGAAACGCGGGGAGAGGACCCGUUCACCAGUGCCAGCAAAACCCCGUCUCAAUAGUGUAAGAGAUUUUAAAGGAUCCUGACCCAGACGAAGUGGGUGGCUUCCCAGUUCCCACUAAGCAGCUCCAAAAUACCUUAAUUCUUGUCACUAAUUGGAAGCAGGUUGAAACCCCGGCUGUGAUCUCUUCAAGGGCUUCCGUCAGCAGCAAGGGAAGCCGUGCCCCAGCCGCUGAGGCAGGAAGGUGGGCUGUGAAAAUGCCACCCUGGGGUUCCAGAUUUUGUGCUUACCACAAUGACUUCCAGACCCGAUUCUACCCAUUUUCACAACAGAGAUGAGAUUUUUUUUACCUGUCCCCAACAAUAAAGAUCUGGUUAAGAAAAA